UUAGGGGCAAAACUGGAAAAGCUGCAAAAAAUUGAGGGGACUAGGUCGAGGUCGAGGGUUUCCUCUCCUGCUCCUAUUUCACCGCCGCCGCAAAUUCGUGGCGCCUCAUCACCGGCGACGGGACACAAACCAGGCCUCCUACCACCGGAGUAUCCGCUCUUCGGGAGGCGCCGCCCUCCUGCUCUCCCCUGCCGUCCGAACUCCCGGUCGAUUUCCCCUUCAGUCGGUGACCAAGCCAAGCUUGCUUGGACGGGGAUUGUUCCAGGCGCUCCUUUUGUUCUAGGGUGUAUUUGCCGUGACGGUUCGUCUUCAGCGGGCAAGGUCAAUCUAGCCAAGGUGCGGGUGCAGUUGUUUUCCAGAAAUUUUGGUGGUUCAACUGAACCCCAUGACCGACGCCGAGGCCCCUCCUGCAAUGGAGGAGGCCGUGCCGACCACCCCGGAUAUCGUGCUACACGGUGAGGGUUACAAGGAUGAUAGACCUCCUGAGGGUGAGAAGGACGGUGGAGCUCCUUAUGGCGAGGGUGGCAAGGUGGAUGAGGGUGCAGAGCUCUGUGGUGAUGAUGUGGUGGCAGCAGAGCUUGCAGAAGAUCCCAAUCUGCCCGAUGUAGCUAAGGCUGACGAGCCCGAGGAGGAUUCAAGUGUGGAGGUGCGAACGGAUGAUGUUACUGCUUCCGUGGAAGAUCCCACAGAGGUGGGUCCUGCCCUGACACCCUCCACAUCAGUCAAUGCUGUCCUGGUUGAUGAUGAUCCCAUCAUGGUUUCCGCCGGAGGUGUGUGUAGGUCAGAUGGCCAGACUGGUCAGGAGGUUGUUUGUGGCUCCCUUGAUGACACCGAUGAGGCUGCUCAUUUGGUAAAUGAUGUACAGGAUGAUGGUCCAAUGAUGGAUAAGAUUGUCACAGUUAACGAUGAUGGUGAGCAUGCUCAGGAUGAGGAGCGACCACAGAUGGAUGUAGCUACAGCUCUGUCAAAUCAGGUGGAAACCGAGCUUGUGAAAACUGGGCAUCAUGCUGCAGGGGAGGGCACAAACAUGGAUACGCUGGUCCAAACUGGAGAUGAUAAUGAGGCGGAAGGUGUUGGCACGAUUGCUACUGCUGCUGCAGAUGAGGAGGGCAAGCACACGGGUGCAGUUGCCAUGACCAGAGAUGACAAGGAGGAAGAUAUUGGGGCAGCGGGUGAUGCUGCCGCAGAUGAGGGGAUACAGACAGAUAGAGUUGUACUAACUGGAGACGAUAGUGAGCGAAAGGAAUUUGCAACAGCUGAUGAUGAUUAUGUGGAAGAGGAUGGCAUGCAGACGGAUGCAGUUACCAUGACACCAGAAAACGUUGCAGAUGAAGCUGUGGAUGUUGCAGUUGGUAUUGAUGUCCCUGAAGAAAAGGCUGUGCAGAUGGAUGAGGCUGCUGCUGAUGUCCCUGAAGAGGCUGCAGUGAUGGAUGGAGUUGGCCUGACUGGCAUUGAUGAGCAAAAUGAGGCCGUGACAGCUGAUGAUGAUGGAGUGGAAGAGGAUACCAUGCAGACGAAUGCAGCUGCCAUGACUAAUGUUGAGGAUGAAGAAGACGGAAUCGGUGGUGAAGAUGUUGCAGACGAAGCUGCCGAAGGCAUGGUUGGUGAUGAUGCCCUUGAAGAAGAGGCUGCGCAUAUGGAUGAGGAUGACGAUGGGCCUCCUCCUUUGACUAGGAAAGGUGGAGGGCGCCGAAAGCGAGGUCGUCCAUCUUCCAAGGCCCAGGCUGCGGUGAAGCCAUCUGCAAAGAGGAAAGAUGAGGAGGAGGUUUGCUUCAUAUGCUUUGAUGGUGGUGAUCUUGUGGUCUGUGAUCGUAGGGGCUGUCCUAAAGCUUAUCAUCCUUCUUGUGUUAAUCGGGAUGACGAUUUCUUCAAGUCGAAGGGUCGGUGGAAUUGUGGGUGGCACAUUUGUAGCAACUGCCAGAAACCUGCUCGCCAUAUGUGUUACACAUGCACAUAUUCAUUAUGUAAGGCAUGUAUAAAAGAGGCGAAGUUCGUCUGUGUCAGAGGAUUUAAGGGCUUUUGUGAGACAUGCAUGAACACUGUGAUGCUCAUAGAGAACAAAGAGGAGGCAACUGACCAAAUGGAUGUGGAUUUUGAUGACAAAAGCAGCUGGUGGUAUUUGUUCAAGGACUAUUGGUUGAAUUUAAAGAUAAACUUGUCAUUGACAGUUGAAGAAAUAUCAGCAGCCAAGUCUCAAAAGAGUGGGUCUUCUUUGGUUAUUCGUGACAAUGAUCAUGGUGAACUGCCUGAUAAUAAUGAUGAAGAGGCCAAUUCUGAGAGUUCAUUGGGGCGGCAUCUAGAAAGCAAUUCAUCGAAAAAGAGGGGAAGAAAGCGAUCAAAGCAAGCUGUCACCGAGGAUGGUUUUGAAGGAAAAGAGAGCACUAGAAAAUCUACCAAACGAGGCCUGUCAGCCGUUCGUGAUGCUCAUGCUUCUUCAGGGAAAAAGACUAGAAAAUUAUCCAGGCGUGCUUUGAGCAGCCAGCAUCAAUCAAAGGAAUCUGAAAGUGUUGGCACAUCUACAUCCUCAGCUGAAGAGGCCAGCUGGGCUUCUAAGGAGCUCUUAAAUUUUUUAGCUCAUAUGAGAAAUGGUGAUAAGUCUGUGUUGACUCAGUUUGAUGUUCAAGCCCUUUUACUUGAGUAUAUCAAAAGCCACAAUUUGCGGGAUCCUCGUCGGAAAAGCCAGAUAGUUUGUGAUACUUUGCUUCAAAGUCUCUUUGCAAAAGAACGUGUGGGGCAUUUUGAGAUGCUUAAGCUUCUUGAAUCUCAUUUUCUCAUGAGUGAGGUUUCACCAAUAGAUGCCGAUGACAACCAUGGUGGUGUUGUAGACCCUGACUCUAGUCAGGACGCUGAUGGUAACAGUGAAGCUUCAGUUGCAAUGAGUUCAGAAAAAAGAAGAAAAUCACGUAACCAGAGAGGUCGUCAACCUAAUCUUGAUGACUACGCGGCAAUAGAUAACCAUAACAUUGGUUUGAUGUACCUGCGUCGCAACCUAAUGGAAGAGUUGAUUGGUGAUGUUGAUACAUUUGAUGACAAAGUUAUUGGAUCAUUUGUGAGAAUAAGAAUACCUGGUACAGGGCAAAGGCAAGACAUCUAUCGACUUGUACAAAUUGUUGGGACAGGAAGAGCUGCAGAAAUAUAUAAAUCUGGGAAAAAGACAACUGAUAUAACGCUAGAGAUACUGAACUUAGACAAGCGAGAGGUAGUAACUAUUGACAUAAUCUCAAACCAGGAGUUCACUGAGGAGGAGUGCAAACGCUUACGUCAAAGCAUAAAGUAUGGAUUCAUUCCAAGGCUGACAGUGGGAGAGGUUCAGGAGAAGGCAAGGGUUCUCCAAGCUCUGAAAGUCAAUGAUUGGAUUGAAAGUGAAAAGAUGAGACUCGGGCAUCUUCGCGACCGUGCAAGUGAUAUGGGCCAUAGGAAAGAGCUUAGGGAAUGUGUAGAGAAGCUGAAGCUACUAAGCACUCCAGAGGAGCGUGCUCGUAGGCUAAAUGAAGAACCUGAAAUACAUGCUGACCCUGCCAUGGAUCCGGAUUAUGAAUCUCCAGAGGAACAGGAGCAGGAAAUUGAAAGAAGUAGCUUCAAUAAAUCAAGAGGUUCUUUCUUAAGGAAAGAUGGUAAUCUUGCGUCUCCAGGUAAAGGCGAUGGUAGAAAUUCUGUACAGCGAGAUCCAAAAAGUAACUGGGAAUCUAACCGAAACACUUGGGCUGAAUCAAGUUCUCAUAUGGAAUCCCCACUUGCACGGAGAUCUACAUUUUCUUCUCAAGGUGAAAGUGCUGGUUAUACAAGUAAAUCAGAGAGUUUAAACAUUGGUGCACAAACAAUUAAAAUGGAAUCUACCACACGCAAUGCUCCACAAGGGCCAUCUAGUGUCUCAUCUGAAACUUUAGCUGCUAACGUAGGUUCUGGGGCAAAACUAGCAUCACAGUCAACUGUUAAUGAGUCUGAGAAAAUCUGGCAGUAUGUGGAUCCUUCUGGUAAAAUUCAAGGCCCUUUCUCAAUUGUACAAUUGCGGAAAUGGAACAGCAGUGGGUACUUCCCUCCUAAUCUGAAAAUAUGGAAAUCUAGUGAGAAGCAAGAUGAUUCAAUUCUAUUGACUGAUGCUUUGAUGGGGAAGUUUGAGAAAGAUCUGCCUCCAUGGGAACCACCACUUGUUAACUCGUCUCAAAUUGACAAAACUUAUCUGAGAAGCAACUCAGAUAUUGGUGCUCAACCCCAUAACGAGUCUAUUCUUGAGGAAAACACAAAAGCUGGCGAACAAACUCCAAAGUCAGCAAUUCCAAAUAGGUCAGAGUCUUUCUUAGGUAGGGAUCAAAGACAUGAUUAUGGUACAACAAACCAUGGAUCAACCAUGAUCCAGUCUGGCACACAAGGUUAUUAUGGAAUGCAAAAUUCUCAAACUGCAUAUGCAGGCCAACAAUCUCUUAUUGGAAGUUGGAAUGCUCCCUCAAGUCAGUUUGGAGUUACAGUAAAUCCUAUGACACCUACGCAGCCUGCCAUGGGAGGAUUUUCUGCUGGACAGAAUAUUGUGGUUGCGGGAAAUAUGGGUAAUCUAACUCCCGUACCAGCUCCUGCAACUGCAGUAAUGUUUAAUUCAGGUUUACCCUCCCAGAACCAAAUAUCAUCUGUUUUGCCACAAAGGGACGGCAUGUUAGCUGACGGAAGUGAAUCCAAGUUAGCAGAAGAUGCUUCACAUGGAAGAUUGAGCUCUUCGGGUGAAGAUCUUGGACCACUUGGUGCACAGCCUGGACCUGCACAACUGAACACUCAGCAACCUCAGCAACUUGAAGACACAAGGAGCCGGUUGUCAUCGACUGAUGCCUCCAACUCAAUGAUGCCAUCUCAGCUGAUGUCAGCACCAUCUGCUGAAUCGGUGCAGCCCUCGGCGACACUCACUGUCGGCGGUGAUAGUCAAAGCAGUGGGUGGGCUAUGCCUGCACAAGUGGCAAAUACAUCUGGCCAAGCUCAGGUAGCUGGAAAUGUGAUCUGGGGAGCUGCACCUCAGGGUGAUGCAAGCAUGGGCUGGGGAAUGAUGGGACAGAGCAAUAUGAACAUGCCAUGGGUAGCAUCAGUUCAAGGUGCGACUGGCUACAACAUGGGUUUAACAAUGCCAACACAGCCAAAUGCAGUCCCAAACAUGGGUUGGCUUACACCAAACACAGGAAACACCAACAUGAACAUGAUCUGGACGGCAACUCAAGGCCAGGGGACUCCAAAUGCAGCUGCUAUGAUGGGAGCUCAGAUGCAAGGAGUUGGAAUGGCCCCUUGGGGUGGCAUUGCACCAGGGAAUGCAAAUCCUUAUCCUGGUUGGGGAACCCAAGUUGGAACCAUGAACCGAAACGUCAGCUGGAGUGGUCCUGCGCAGGGAAAUCCAGGUCAGGGGAACAAUAAUAUGAACUGGAAUUCACCAAAUGGGAAUCCCGAUUGGAAUAAUCAGCAGAGAGACAAUGGGGGCAGGCACUCUGGACAUCGUGGUGCUUUUAAUGCCAGCAACUCAGGUGGAAGGUCAUGGAAGCCACGUUCUGGUGGUGAUGGAGGGUCAAGGGGACAUAGACCUGAGGGAGUCUGCUGGCAUUUUCUUGACUACGGGAACUGCAGUAAAGGAGCUGACUGCAAAUACAGCCAUUCAUCAGCCAAUGAUGGAUAUCCAUCCAGGAAUGAUCGGCACUUUGAUAGGCAACAUUCGGGCAAGGAGAGAAGAUAUGACAAUUACAAUGAGAGAAAUGAUCGACAGUUUGAUAGGCAGCCUUUGGAGAAUGAAAGGCACUAUGAUAGGCAUGAUGACAGGCACAAUGACAGGGAUGACGAUGUGCCUGAUGACAGGCAAGCUGAUAGGUCUCAGUCAAGAGAGCCGCGUUAGAACUAAAUUUCUGUUUCUUCCUUACUUUCCUCCGUUUUGUUGUAUGUGCAGCAGCGUACUAGCGUAUUAGCAUCCAUGUAUGUUUCUGAACUUUAUCCAGCAUCCAUGUAUGCUUCUGAACUUUAUCCCCUGUUGCGAGUUGCAACCCUUCCGGAUUAUCUGUAGGAGUACAACAGUUGUAGUUAAAUGUUAUGUGCAUCCUACUCUUAAGUUUCCUUCCUUCGAGUUUAAUAAUGUAUUCGAAUAAAUCGUGGUGUCUGAAAUCUGAUGUAUAACAGGGACUCCACAUCCCGGUUGA